AGCCGUUUUGGUCGGAGGCGCUCCCAGCUCGGCCCCGGCGGCGCGGGGAUGGAGGCGGAGAAGCUGCCGAGGCUCCUGGGGGCUCCCGCGAGGCGGGCGAAGCGAGCCUUCGCGCCGCCCAGGGCAGGCCCCGUGCCCGACCUGCCGUCCGCGCCGGGCUGCUUUCCGGCCGCGGGCCACGCUGCGUCGAAUGCCGAGGUGCCGCCGGAGAAGUGGGCGAUGACGGUGGGGCAGUGGAACGAAUUCGUGCAGUUCUGCAGGUCGACUGACAGGUGGCGGGUCCUCGACAGGCGAAGCGGUUACGUCAGCGCGCACGACGCCUGCGACCACUUCGUGAAGCCGUGGACUCGCGGAACUGGCUGUGGAGUCGCCUUGAACAUGAACGCGGCUGCCCCAAAAGAGGCGCAGCUGAUGCUCUCUCACACGUGGGCGGAGGACCUCACCGAGUGCGCCGAGGCCCUGAACGCACACUGCCGCCGCAAUGACCUAUCGACGAGUACGUGCGUGUGGUUUUGCCUGUUCUCUAACUACCAGGCGGGGGACGACGAGGGGGACGUCGGGCCGACGGUGGCAGAGCAGCUGGCCAUGGACCCGUUCGGCCACGUGAUCAGGUCGGCCCGCAAGCACCAUGGCAUGCUGGUGAUACACACCUCCCAGGCGGAGGUGUACGAGCGCCUCUGGUGCGUCUACGAGAUCGCAACGGCGCUCAGGGAGGACUGCACGACGCGGUCUGCGUGCUCUCAGAGGUAUGCGGACACUGGCAGGAGGAGGCUGCAGAGCGUGCUGGACGUGAACACAACGAAGGCAAAGUGCAGCAGCACGAAUGACGAGGCCUUUAUAUGCGACAGGGUGAGCAAGUCUGGCGGUUUCGAGAGGCUAGACAGAGAGAUCUUCCAGUUCCGUGUCAGCAUGCUCCUGGAGCAGGCCGAAGAAGCGGGCCACAAUCGCCUCGAGAGUCUUACCAAGGCCAUCACUAAAGUGGAGAAGCGCUUGGAGCUGGAGAGCUCCAGCAGCAGCAGCAUCGGCAGCUGGGUCGCCAAGUUGGGGGUCUACAGAGUUCUCUGCUUGCUGCUGGCAUUUCUUGCCCUUGGCGGGGUAUUGGCGGCGUUCGCAGCGUACCAGAGUUCACAGGGUAUCUUAUCGGACGUCGUGGUCACCCCUGAGCCAGCAGCAGUGCCGACACCACAUCCGACCUUCUCUCCGACGGCUGCGCCCUCGACCUCAACUUCUACCCCGCCUGUCGUGAUCCCGACCGCGCCUCCUAUUCCUCCUGUCGUGACCACGACCCCAAACGCAAUCCCGCCUGUCGUAACCACGACCGCGCUUCCUGUUCCUCCUAUCGUGACCACAACCCCAAACGCAACCCCGCCAGUCGUGACCACGACCACGCCUCCUGCUAUUCCUACUUCGCCUGUGACACCCAAUGGCGAAACCACGGCUGCAACCAGCACUUCUCCCGCUGCAACCAUCACUUCUCCCACGCCUCCCGCUGCGACCAGCACUUCUCCCCAUUCCACCACUUCCGCUGGCGGGCAGACCACCACCGAGCGCCUCGAGGAGGACCAGACGCCGCCCAGGGGAGGCUCCACUUUUGUGCGCCUUGUGCUCUUGAUCGGCGGAGCCGUGGCCGCGCUCGUGCUGCUGGUGCUGCUGGUCCCGCUCCUCGGGCGGCUCGGUUGCUGCUCUGGGCAGGCCGGCGACGUGGAGCGGGGCACGGCGGUGGGGCAGCCUUCGCGGCGGGUGCAGCUGGAGCGCCUGGAGCUCAUGCGGCAGAUGAUGUCUGAGGUGCGAGCGCGGGAGGCUGACCACCAGGCGGGCGUCGAGGCUGUCUGAAGCGCACCGGUGCAGGGGCCGGCGCUGCUGGCCAGCUCCCCGAGCGGCAGCGCCCGGUUGCUGGCCAUGCAGAGCGAGGCCAUGGGUCUCCCUCCGCCCAGAGGCGCCGAGGCAUUGCAUGAUGCAGCGCGGCUCUCGCUCUGGUUCCUUCGGCUCACGCCCUCGUCCUCUCCUCCUCCUGCUCGUCAUCCUGCAGUCCACUCAUGGCCCUCGUUCUCCUCCGCCAGCCACGGGCAGCGCAUUUCUCUACGGCGGCGCGCCCGGAGCGGGUCGCGGACUCGUGGGCUCAGCACCAGGAUGGGAAGAGCAGGCCCACGAGGGCAGGACCUGCAUGUGACUGCCGAGUGGGGUCGUGGCGCUGGAGGGAAGCUGAGCCCAUCCAGCCUUCCAUGCACAGAGGCCGGGCACUCGAUCGGCCGAACGAUCCUCUGGCUUCUGUGCGUGCUCCUCGCCGCGAUCCCUAUGCCUACUGUGCUAGGAAGAGAAUCUGCUCCAGGAGUUGGUUUUCGUGGAGUGCGUAACCUGCUGGGGCUGCGUGUUGGUUUGCAGCUCGCAGCGCGUUUCAUGUAUCCUAGCCGUUUCGACCGAUUGUGCAUUCGAUGCGUAUCUGGAGGAUGUUUUCGGAAACGCGGCCCUGCUAUGGUCGCAGCACCCUGUCACUUCGCGCAGCUCCCACGCUGUUGCCGCCAUGCCAGCGCACUCAUGCAUGGUCGCAUGAUCUGAUUCUGGAUUGGCCGUCCCUUCGGUGCACACGCCACCAUUCUACAGGUGCCAGGCCUAGACACACGGCACAGUGUCACGUUCCUCGCCAGCGCUGCAAGUCAUCGCUUGUACAGGUGCACGUGCGAUCACUCCAGCGCGUGGCACGGAGCAGCAUGCAUGAUGUGGCCCGCCCGCCAAGAAUCCGUCGUCGGUCGUUGCACAGCAGGGCGUGCUUGUGCUUUUCCAGCCUGCGGGGCUGCCUCGUCCUCCGCAUCCUCCCUUUGCUCCCUCUUCUUCCCCUUUCUUUUCCCUCUGCCCCCCCCUCCCCUGUCUUCGCCCCCUCCGCUCCCAUGGAGCACAGGCCGUCAGCCCCAAGGUCUCUCCAUCAUAAAGUGCUCCUUUGGCCUGUGGGCCGCCCGUGGUGGUGCCCUUCCGAAUCCACUUGGUGACUCGACCUGGAGUUGCUGACGCGUUCCUUUCAGAAGGCAACACAUUUCCCAAUCAGUGCUUGCAUUUUGGGGGGUCUUGUCGG